AUGAAGUUUGAAAUUAAACAUAGUGAAUAUGGAAUACAAACAUUGCCAAGUAAGGAAUCUAGAAAACUAGUACUAGUAAAAUUGAAAGAAAAGUCAACCAGAGAUAAAUUGUUGGAAUUAAAGAAAACGAUAAAAUUAGAUACAUUGGAAUGUGGUAUUGAUGGUAAAAGCAAAAUAAUAUAUAUUAAUGAAAAUCUACCAAAAAAUGUCCGGAUGUUGUAUAAUAAAGCCAAAACUCUUAAAAACCAUGGCUAUAGAUUUGUAUGGUAUAAGAAUGGGAAUGUGUAUGCUAGAAAAGAUAAAGGGGACAUGUUUAUAAUAAUAAAACAUUCCCGACAAAUCGAUUCUAUCAUAGACUCCUAA